AUGCCGAUGUACACGCUCAAUUCCACCUCCAUUCGGCGAUCUCAGCACCCGCCGCCGCAAGAACAGCAGCCAUCGCAGCAGGAACGACAAGCACCACUGCCGCAGGAAAGAAUGUACGCGGUGGGAGGCCUUUACAGCGCGCCAUUUGCGCCAAGGUUUCUUGAGGGCAGUGCCUUGCAGAUCCCCUUUGGUACGCCACAUCCCGUGGGUGUCGAGGCAAACGGGUCAUCAAUCCCGGAGGCGCGGCCAGCGCCUUUCCCUGUCGGCAUGAACAGAUACGGACGGGGGCAGCUCCCGGACCCUACCAGGGAAGCGGCGAAUGUGACAGGGAUUUUUCCACAGAUGCAUGAUGCUUCACUGCGACAGCGGAGAGUGCAAGAGGAGCUUGCUCAAGAGAAACGGAGGGUUCAACAGGAGAUCGCUCUUCAACAGCAGCGGCUGCAGAAGCAGCUACAACGUGUUCCGCCUCACUUGCCUCAGCAGCAAGGCGAUGGACGUGAAGUGCUACAGAGGUUGACCCAAUUGCAGCAACAGCAGCAGCAGCAGCAACAACAACAACAACAACAGCAGCAACAACAACAGAAACAAGAACAACGACAGGAAGUGCCCAUUCAAACGUCCUCACCGCCGUACGUACAACAGCCAGCGUUCACUCAGCAGCAGUACCGAUUAGCACAGCAACAGCAGCAAGGAAGUGUGCCAUGGGAAAAUGAAAAUUUUAGGCCCCAGCGUCAGCGAACCCUCAGAAAAGUCUCAAUGGGACAAAGACGGGAACCCAUAAAUAUAGCCGACGGUGGUCACAGAGCUGGGUCUGUUGAAACUAGGAGAAAUAUUACCGUUGGAGUUAAUGCAAUGGAUGCGGCAAAUAAUCUAUUGAAGUCCCGUGUUGAUCUGGAGUUUGUGCAAAGGUUCAAAAACCUCUACGCUCUUCAGGCCGAUGAUGAAAAUCAGGCGGACCAUCUUAAGGUGCAAGAGAGUACUGUGCUCGGCAUGGUAGGGACCCUUGACGUUGAUAAAUGUAGCCGAAUGAUUGAAGAUCACGACGUCACAAUUGUUGUGACAGACACAGGCACAGGCAAAAGCACCCUUAUCCCAAAGGCCAUCCUCGAUGGACACCCGGAGGCCAAAGUGGCAAACGCGCAACCGAGGCGCACGCCAGCCAUUAAGCUGGCACAACGCGUCUCCGCCCUGUACGGUGAGAAGGUUGGCACCAAGGUGGGCUAUUGGGUACGAGGGGAACACAUUGGAAAGUUGGGUGAAACCCCGAUUAUGUAUGUGACAAAUUACACCCUUUUCCUACACUUGCUUCACACUUUUCCUGAUGAAAUUGACAUUACACACUUUAUAUUUGAUGAGUUUCAUGAGCGUACCACUGAGGUUGAGGCGCUUCUUCUUCUUGUGAAGCUCGUGAUGCUGCGUAAUCCAGGAAAAUUACGGCUUGUACUUUGCAGCGCCACUGCAGAAGUAUCGGAGUGGAAGCACUUCUUUGAGAACUUGAAAGUGGGUGAAUACUCCAAGGCGGAAGCCAUGUACCCCAUUCAUGAUUAUUACUUGGAGGAUGUUAGUAAACUCAUUGGCAUCAACUUUGCUGAGCCGAAUGUUUCUCCCACGGGAGUUGUGCAUUCGGUUCAGCUUCAUACCAUCCGAUUGGUACUGGAGGGGAUCUUAAAAUUUCUGGCGGACACAGUCGCCCCAGGGCACAGCAUUCUUGUUUUUGUGCCGGGCCGCUCCGUUGUAGAACAGCUGUCUUUGUGGAUUAGGGAUAAUCUGGGCGAUCAACUCGACCCUAUUCCAUGGUAUCGCGAUAUUGAACUUGCGGUUAUUCAGGAGGCACUUCAGCGGGAGGCUGUGACGAAAAAAAAAGUCUACGUUGCCACAGACAUUGCCGAGGUGUCCAUUACUUUGCCAGACGUCGUAUUUGUCAUCGACUCUGGUACAGCCAAGCGCCCCCGCAUUAUUGAAAACGACAUCAAUUCGGUAGCGUUUCCACCUCUGGAACUCCUCUGGGAAAGUUCCGUAAAUAUGUUGCAACGUCGUGGUCGUGUUGGACGCGUGCAACCAGGAUUUUUCAUUACCUUGUUGUCUCGAAAACAGGCGCAGCAGUUGUCUCCGAAUGAGUCUCGCUUGGGAAAUGCCGUUUUACAUGGAAUUGUGCUUCACUGCCUUCACUUGUCGCCCUCACCGUUUCAAAUGUUUUCACUGUGCCAUGAAAAACCUCGUAAAGUAAGUGUGGAGUGGAGUCUUUCAACGUUGUGCGACGGCGGCUAUAUUGUACCGGAGGAGGAUCAUGUCUCAUUGAUUGAGACAAUUGAUAACACCAUACAGCACAAUGUGCGAGAUGCAUGGAGUACACUUAUUGGAAAUGCAUUUGCAGCUCAAACAGCUGGCAAUGAUGUGUCAAGUUUCCCGUUGGCGCAACGUCGGUUUAACUUGUCUCUGCGUGGGCUUAUUGUCGGUGGACUUCCCUUUGGUGUGGAACCGGGCAACAUUGUGUUCAAUGGGGUCAUCAUGGGUCUCACGACACUUUCUAUCAUUGCUGCAUCUUGCGUGUCGUGCGGGACGCCCUUCUACGUACCGCACAAUGGGAUGGAUAAGAUUGCGCGGCUGAGACUACUACGUAGGGUAGAGGAAUUUAUGAAAAGAUACAAGGGGGAAUACUGCAACGAUGCACUGUCUGCUGUUGAUGUCGUUCUUACCUACAUGGCGAUGCAGCGCGAGGGUGUGUCAGAGGAAGGCCAGAUCGCAUGGUGCGAGGAAAGAUACUUGAGCCGUGCUCGCAUUGUGGAAGUUCUUCUUGUGGUGGCACAAACGAGGGAGCAACUGGCCUCCAUUGUUCCCUUCGAAGAUGUGACGGAUGUGGACGAGCUAUUGGAACAGCUUAACCAAAAUGCCUUGAUCCUUUCCCUUAUUUGCUCAGCGGCCUACAUGCAUCAAGGCAUUUACGUGCUUCAUGACGCGGCUCUCGCGCAAAAAAAGCGAUACGCCGGGAGUGGUAUAUUUGUAAACAUCAACUGCGGUAGAGACAACUCAGUGCCAACCAACUGCCCAUGGGAACGCGACAAGGUGUGCAUCCCUUUCACUGUGCAUACUAUUUAUGGGCGCCUAUCGGGUUCAUUCUCCUCGCAGUUGAAGCCUGAGGUGUACAACAUCAUGCUACUACUGCUAAGCAGUCGUUUUGUCUAUGAGGAAAUUCGUGAGGAAACGGAGUCCGUCACCUUUGAUGUGGCGCAAAGCGGCAGUCAUGUCUACAUUAGUUGUGAUAAAAUAACGGCAUUUCAGUUGCUACAGCUUCGGCGGCUGAUGUGUGCUCGGCUCUGCGUGCUGCACUUUAUUAUUCAGCAAAAAACAGCACCUGACGAUAAUGACGUCAUAGCCGAGGAGUUGCGGAAUACCGGGAGUGACUUUGGCAUCCCACCAAACAUGGAGCAGCACCCACAGUUCCUCCCUGCCAUGAUUACGUCUUCCUUGACGAAGGUAAUUGAACGCAUUGAGGCGGCAAUCGUUACGAGGGACGAUGUGAGGGGAUCCAGUGCCUUAGCAACGUCGAAGCCUUUCUGCAGGGUGACAGGGCGCCCGGAUGGAUUCCACCCCACACGGCAGUCAGCCCUCGUGUUUUCGAGCAACGGUUGUGCGCCGUUUGCGUACCCAGCCGGUGAGAUGAUGCCAGUGUACCGUGACCCGCAUGCAAGCCAAAUCGCAUAG